AUGGCAAAAGAAAGAUCAAUUAUCGCUAACCAGGCAAAAAGUGAAUUAUUGCGCAAAUUAUUAUCUAGACGCGAAAAACUUUCACAACAAUGGAAAGAAAACAAUCCACAAACCAAAGAAAAUAUUGAAAAGCCCAAAAAUAUUCUCGAAAAAAAAGAAGAAAUCAAAAAAAUGUUUUCUGAUAUGAAAUCUGAAGAAGGAUUAGUGAUAUUAACCGAUAUCGUUUAUAAUGCCCAGAUAUCAGAUCCUAAAAAUAGGAGGUAUGAAGAAGAAACUUAUGAAUUUUCUUUCAUCUUAUAUUUUAUGUCGCCCAAAACUUAUAAAACAAUGCGCCUCUACAUUCCUUUACCAUCGAAAUCAUCUAUAUAUGACAAAUACGGUCCACUUUUAGAACUCAUAAAAAAUGAUCUAAUUGAAGAUUCAGGAAUUUGUGAAUUAUACACUAUAAUUAAAGAAAUUCCUCCAAAAAUUGUAAUAAAGGACGGAAAUGAAGAAAAAUUUACACCCGUAUAUAGUUUAGGCAUAGAUGCAUUAUAUUCAGAAAAACACGAAAAUGCUAAAGAUAUAGCACUUUUCGUAUUUUUAUUAAUGCCAUUGAAUUUUAUCGGACCAAGUUUAAUAAUUCACUUGAUAAAACACAAAACAGGUUCAGUAAAAGAUAUUAAAUCUGAAGUUCAGCAAUCCAUUUCAAAAGUAAGAAGCGUUGUUAGAGAUAAUCUUCCAUUUGUCAUAGUGGACAGUGAAACUGGUUAUGACAAAUUAUUCACUGUUCUUGAAAAUGAGCUUUUGCCCAAAAAUUUCACCCUACAAUCCAUUAUUGAGGCGAUUGCUAAAAAAAUCGCUUCAACUUACAUUUUAAUUCCAGACAUAAUUCAUAUUGGCAAGAAUCUUCGUACUUUUCUUGUCUUAGACAUCGGUAAAAGGAUUUUUGUUUGUUAUCCUUCCGACAAAUAUGUUAGUCUAGAAAUUAUCAAAAAAGUUACAAAGCUACAUGCCUGCCUAGAAGAUAUUCAAGACCAGUCAAGAAUGAAUGACUCUUAUGCAGUUGCUCUUUUUUCCGUAAGUAAUUGCAAGAAAUUAUUCGAUGAAGAACAUUAUCACGAAAUGCUUUGGCUUUGCCCAAUGGCUUUGAUUUUUGAAACAUUGCGAAAUCCCGUAAUCACUGUCAAAACCAGAUUAGUAUUAUUGGAGAUUGCCUUCUUGAUUAUAAGGCACUUUAUCCACCAAUACCAAAAAUUGGGUUGCAGCGAAAGACUUGAUGAUUUUAUAGAUAAUGAUAAUAAAUCGCAUUUAGCAUAUUUAUAUGGAAGAUUGGAAGUACUCAGAAGAAUCGAAUUAGUCAUUGGAGCGAUUUACUAUUCGUUUCAAAAUUAUGAAAACAUUGAUACACAGCACCUCACUACAAUGAGUGUUGAACAUAUAAACGCCUUAAUAAGAAUGUUUUCGAAAAAUUAUGAAAGAGUAGAAGAUCUUGUCAAUGGAGCAGCUCAUGCUGUCGCAGAUACAGAAAAAAGAAUAGAACAUAAUUGGGAAAAGUUAAAUUUGACAUAUGAGCUUAAAAUAGAUUCAGGAGGUACAAAAGUUUUAGGAGAAAAUCUAACAGAAGAUUUUAAUUUUGAAGAUAUACCUAUUCAACAUUUUUCCAAAUCCAUUUUAUACUUAGUGGGCUGGCAAAGUCAAAAACUUUCAGCAUCUAAUUUAGAAAUAGCUAUUAAUGCAUGGAAGAAUUUACUAUCAUUUUUGGACAAAAAUCAUGCAAAGAUUAAUGAUAAAAAAGAAAUCUCAGGUAAGAAACCGAGAUCAUAUUCACGAAACCUUGAAAAAAUACCAAAUAAAAUUCAAGAAAAAAGAACGAAUGUAAAUGGUAUUUCAACUUCUGAAAAUAUAGAAUCAGGAAUCGAAAAAAUAAAUAAACGCAAUUCAAAAGGUAAAUCACAAACUUCUUCAUCUUCUGCAACAACAAGAGGUGAAGAACCAAAGCAUGAUACAACUCAAACUUCUUCAUCUUCUGCAACAACAAGAGGUGAAGAACCAAAGCAUAAUACAACUCAAACUUCUUCCAAAACAACUUCAUUAAUUUCUCAAAACAAAGACCUUACAUUAAAUAAUAUUGAUCAAAAUCUUAUAACCGAUAUAUGUAUUAUUUCUCUUAAUUCCAAAUAUACUUUUGCAAUGCCAUCAUUCUUUUCCAUAUUCAUUAAAAGAUUACUUCAACAAAUUGAUCAAGAUAUUAAUGAUUCUUGCAGUUGUGAUCAUACACAAACUAAUAAUUUUAAUAAAUUCCAAAUUGAGAUUUUUCGCAUUAUUAGCAAUUCGAUCACAUUUGGAACUAAAAUCGCAAAUAGCAGAGACAAAUUUCCCGUUAUUCGAAUUGCGGGCUAUGAAGCCAUGGACUCUCACGUCUUCCAUGAUUUAGAACAAUUUAAAUCAAAAAUUAAUUUUUAUAUUGAACACGCAAUUCCAGAUAAGCCGAACAUUUCCAAGAUAUUUGAUAUUGUCACAACAUCUUUGCUGUUGUUAAUAUCUCAUCAAGCUGAAUAUCCAGAUGAUUCUAUAUAUGCAAAUUUCUAUGCAAUUAUAAAAGAAAUUUUAGAAAAUCUCAAAUCUCCAAUAUUGAAAUAUUUGAACGCUGCACGUAGUUAUGGCAUUAGGAUGCAACCAAAAUUAGCUGAUUUUAAACGCCAGAGGGAAAUUUUACUCAAAUAUUUUCGGUCAAAAUCAACACUUUAUACUCCAUCUUAUUCCUUUUUUGGAAAACAUAAUAAUAUUAAUUUUGCAGAUAAUAUCUGUCUCUUUCCAACACAAGAUAUUUCCUUUGAAAUGAAAUUUCUACAACAUGAUCCUGAAGAAAAACAAAUAAAAUCACGUAAUCAAAUAUUGUAUUCUGAAAUAUCAACGUCAAUAUCAUUUCGCACUUCAAACGAUUAUAGCGGAGGUUUAUUGAAUAAAAUGAACAAUUGCUAUGCUAAUUGUAUCCUCCAAGCUCUGACGAUUAAUCCUUUUACAGGUCAUUAUUUACAUUAUGUUAUUCAAAAUUUAACAAGCACUCAAUCAAGAAGCAAAGGAGGAAAAUUACUAAGAGAAUUAAACGAAAUUAUUUUCCGAAAUCCAACAAAACCAUUUGAUCCAUCUAUAACCUCUUUUCUCGAAUUUUGUUUUUCAAAUUACAUUCUUUUUUAA